AUAAAUUAUUCCCUACUGCUUUACUUAUUAUUCAUUCUUUUUCAGUUUUUGACUCUCUUUAUCAUUACAAAUUUAAUAGUUAUAGAUCAUUAAUGCAUCAUCAAGAUCAUACAUAUCAAUAUGUCAAAAUCAAUGGAACUCCCUGAUUGUAUCUAUCCAUGCCAACCAAUCACUAGUAUUCCACCAAGUAUUCCAACGCCAAAACAUUCUCUCUAUCUUUCUAAUCUUGAUGACCAAAAGUUCCUUAGAUUUUCUAUCAAGUAUUUGUACAUUUUCAAGAAGUCUGUGAAUUUGGAUCAUUUGAAGUGUUCUCUAUCUAGAGUUUUAGUGGAUUAUUACCCAUUAGCUGGGAGGUUGAGAAGUUGUUCCUCUAAUUUGGAUGAUGAGAAGAAGCUUGAAGUGGAUUGCAAUGGAGAAGGUGCUUUGUUUGUUGAGGCUUUCAUGUCUAUCACUGCUCAAGAAUUACUUGAACCUUCUAAGUUGCCAAACAAGUCAUGGAGAAAGUUCACUUAUAAGGUGGAAUCUCAAAGUUUCUUAGAUGUUCCUCCUCUUAUAGUUCAGUUAACAAAUCUCCGUUGCGGAGGAAUGAUUCUAUGCACCGCAAUCAACCACUGUCUAUGCGAUGGUAUCGGCACAUCUCAAUUUCUACACGCAUGGGCACAACUAACCAAAAAUCCUCAAACCAAUUUGACCAUCCCACCUUUCCAUUGGCGACAUGUGUUGAAACCACGAUACCCUCCCACCGUAAACCUCCUCAAUCCCGGAUACACUAGAACACAACCAACACCUCAAGUAAACCUUCUCAAGUUAAUACAAUCACAACCAUUAGUACCCACAUCAUUUAUCUUUAAUCCCUCCCAUGUCCUCUACUUAAAGAAACAAUGUGUCCCUUCACUUAAGUGUACUACCUUUGAAGUAGUGGCAGCACACACAUGGCGCUCUUGGAUUCGUUCAAUGAAUCUAUCAUUACCCUCCACUCUAAUUGUUAAGCUACUUUUCUCUAUUAACAUUCGUACCAUAAUGAACCUACCAAAAGGAUAUUACGGAAAUGGAUUUCUAUUAGGAUGUGCUGAAAGUACUAUAAAGGACUUGGUAGAGAAUAAUUUGCAUCAUGGUGUGAAGUUAGUGCAAAAGGCUAAGUCAAAGGUUAAUGAUGAGGAAUAUAUUAGAUCAACGGUUGAUUUGUUGGAGGAUAAAACAGUAAAAACGGAUGUUUCAAUUAGCUUGGUUAUAUCACAAUGGUCUAAACUAGGGUUAGAAGAAGUGGAUUUUGGAGAGGGAAAAGCGUUACAUAUGGGUCCUUUAACAAGUGAUGUUUAUUGCUUAUUUUUACCUGUUAUUGGUGGUGAUGCUAAUGCUGUGAGAGUGGUUGUUUCUGUGCCGGAGAGUAUGGUUGAAAAUUUUCAAUAUUAUAUGAAGGAAAGCUGGGAAAAGAAAAUAGAAAAAAAUGGAGAUCAUGUUAAAAAUGGCUAUCAUGUGCAUGAGAAUCCAUUUUUCUAAAAUUGCUAUAUGUUUUUUUGUUUAUUUUUUUAAGCUAUUAUCUUUUUUUCCUUUUGGCCAUGUCUUUGUAAUUAGCAUGUUAUACUUAUAUAAUGAGGCAAGGAGUGAGUAUGUAUGUGUAAUGCAAUUUCAGUGAAUGCUUUCCUUUUCUUCCUCCUCGUGUUAUUAGAGUGAUAGUGACACCAGCAAUUGUUUACUCAA